ACUGCUCAAACAACAUAUCCUCGGCAUGGACAAGAUGACCCCUUCAGAGGCACCUGAGAAAGUGGACACUGGAUUGACAGUGGCGUGUGUUUUCCUGGGUCUUUCCUUUCUGGUCGGAGUACCAGGGAAUCUGCUGGUCAUCUGGACUAUCCUGAAACAUGUCAAGCAGCGCUUUCACUCUGUGGUACUCAUCCUGCACCUAGCUGUGGCAGACAUCAUGGUCCUCAUCACCCUGCCGGUGUGGAUAUACUCCCUGGUGAACACCUUUGUGUUUGGAUUGGUGAUAUGCAAGGUCUUGAUGUGUGUUAUCACUGUCUGUAUGUAUAGCAGCAUCUUCUUCAUCACCCUUAUGAGCAUGGAGCGCUAUUUAGCCAUCUGUCAUCCCUUUCUGAUGAUGCGCUGGAGGACUGAAAAGACUAUGAAUAUAUGUAUUGCAUUUUUGUGGCUUUUUGCACUUCUCCUUGGAUUGCCUGAUGUUUUAACCCGGACCUUUUACGACGGUGACAACAAUGAGCAGUGCUUUCGCAUGGAAUUUAAAAGCAGCACUACAGAAAUCAUCCUCCUAUGCCUGAAGACUGUACUAGGCUUUGUGUUGCCUUUCAUUACGCUUAGCAUCUGUUACUGUCAUGUUACUGUGAAGCUCAAGAAAAUGAAUUUCAAGUCAAAACAGAAAUCCAAAGUACUAAUUCACACCAUAGUGCUUGUUUUCUUCUUGUGCUGGUUGCCUUACCACGUCAUUAAUAUCAUUGAUGUUGUAUGCCUUUUAAGGUCUGACCAAGAGUCCGAAUGUGUCCCAGAAAGAUUAGUCUUUAGCUCUGGAGCCCUGGUUUUUAUCAGUAACUCAGUGAAUCCUGUAUUAUACGCCUUCUUCGCCAGGAAAUUCAGAGGCAAUCUUGGAGAGUCUCGUCUGGUUAAGCUGUUUCAGGAACUUGCAUCAAACUCACACAGGCUCAGGGAGCUCGCAGUUCAAAAGCAAAGGAACCAGGAGUCAGCAGAGAAAGGGGUAAUGUCUACCUCUUUGCAUUAAGAAAUGAGGAAAAAAUACUGAAAUUUUGGAAGAGCUGGGCUAAAAGACAUGACUGUCUCCUUUAAAACCAAAUUUGAACUGAGAUGUUUGAAAUCAGUUAUUCUCUUUACUUCCACAUGGCUGUGCUCUUGCUUUAAUACAGAAUCAACCAAACUCACCACUAAUGUUGAAAAUGCUGGCAAGAACUUGUGGUUGUUGCUUAAUUUGGUAAAUGUCAAAAGUUAACACCAUUUUCUGUUACAUAUAUUUUCCUUUAUACUAGUAU